AUGGCCCUCAGCAUGGGCACCCCCAGGUGGAGCCUGGGAGAUGCUUUUCUCUGUGUGGUUCCCCGCAGGCUAGCUGAAAUAUUGUCCUUUGCAAUUCAUGACUUCUACUCAUUUUCCGUGUAUAUGGGAGCCAAAAAAGAACCAAAUGCCUUACGAUUCGGAAAAACAGAGGCCGUCAUCAAAAACUUCAGCCCGCACUACAGGCGCCAGUACGCGGUGGCUUUCUGCAAGCAUGUGCAGGAUGAGCUGGAGCAGCACCGAGAUUCCCAGUCCCAGUUCCUGAAAACCAAGCCACCGGUGGAAGCUGGGACUGUCUUAUACGAGGCAGAGCUGCUGCAUUUUGCUGAGGAUCUGAAGAAGUGGAAGGACAGAUACGUCGUUAUCAAAAACGACUACACUGUGGAUUGCUUUGAGACUAAAGAGGCCUACCAGAAAGGAGCCAGCCCUAAAUAUCAUGUUCUUCCUGCAGGAGGCAAAGUACUGACUUCAGAAGAAGAUUACAAUUUGCUGUCUGAUAAACAUUUUCCAGAUCCUGUUGGGUCAAGUGAGAAGGAGGUCGCUCAAGCCUUCGUUCAGCUGCCGAAGGAGUUCCCGGUUUACCUGUGGCAGCCCUUCUCCCGACACAGCUACUAUUGCUUCCCAGAGCCAGAAGCUCAGAGGCAGUUCAGCGCCGUGCUGGGGGACUGUGUGAGACACUCAAACCACGAUUUUCUCAAGCAGACCACGUAUGAAGUCGAGGCGUUCUUAGAAGCCAUUCAGUUCUUCCGACAGGAGAAAGGCCACUAUGGGACAUGGGAAAUGAUAACCGGCAAUGAAAAAGAGAUCUUGAGCAACCUUGUGAUGGAGGAACUCCUGCCUAACCUUCAGACAAUGAUCCUGCCCAAAAUGAAAGGAAAGAGGAAUGAUAGGAAGCGGGCCUGGUUUGGUAUCGUAGAAGAAACAUACGGCUUAGUCCAGCAGCAGGUAUCAGAAGGAUUAAGUACCUUGAAAGAAGAAUGCAGAGAUUUUGCAAAAACUCUUGAAGGAACCAUUCGCUCAGACAUGGAUCAGAUUCUGAACUCCAAGAACUUCUUAGCUGGAAAAAUCAAAGCCACUGUUUCUGAGCCUGCCCAGAAAUGCUGCACAGAAAAUAUCCAGCCAUUUCUUGCAUCCAUAUUGGAGGAGCUCAUGGGUCCGGUGAGUUCUGGAUUCACGGAAGUCCGCUCACUUUUUGAUAAAGAAGUUAAUGAAAUCAUCCAGGACUUCCAGAAGACAAAUGAUAUCAUGAAGCUAAAGGAGAAUGUGGAUCAGCUUAUGAACCUACCAUUCAACUCUGUGAAAAUGGAGCCCUGCUAUCUGAAAGUGAACCUCCUCCAGGAGCUCCUUCAAGACCUCAAGAGUCGCUUCAAGGUCUAUCACAUUGAUUUUGUGAUUCAGAGGACACAGAACUUCAUGCAAGAGCUGAUGGAAAACGCAGUUUAUACUUUCGAGCAGUUGUUCUGUCCAAGUCACCAGGCAGACUCAGUGAAAGUUGCAACUACCAUUGAAAAAGUCAAGCUGAGAGUACUGAAGCAAUAUGAUUAUGACAGCAGCACUAUCCGGAAGAAGAUAUUUCAAGAAGCACUGGUACAGAUUACUUUGCCCACAAUGCAGAAGACACUGGCUUCAACGUGCAAACCAGAGCUGCAGAAAUACGAGCAGUUCAUUUUUGCUGAUUACACUAGCGUGAUCCAAGUAGAGAAUGUGUAUGAAGAGAUUUUAUAUCAGACACUGCUUGAAGAAACCCUGAAAGUGAUAAAAGAAGCUGCCAUUAUGAAGAAGCACAACCUCUUUGAAGAUAACUUGAAUUUGCCCUGUGAAAGCGUGUCCAGCUUAACGGACCUGAAGACCCCUUCAGGAUCAGCACAAACCACUCCUGCGAAGAAGCCUUCCACCGCCCGAGCCGAGACGUCAGACACUGAAACUCAAAGUGACGAAACGCUCAUUGUGACGGAAAAAAUUUCUUGGGAGAAGGAUGCUGACAAUAGAAAGUCAUCAGACAAAGAGGCAGUCACUUCUGUUAAUACAGCUGGUGAUCAGGCAAGCAAAAGUGAAGAAAUGGUCGUUACAGACAUCGGUGAAAUACAGGAAUCCCUUCCAGCUACCCUUACAAAACAAGAAGGUGCAGAGGAAAAAAUCGUUUUGGAGAAUGAAGACAUGGUGAAAGCUGAGUGUGUAGCGAACACUGAGAAAGAGCUUGAGACACAACAAGAAGCUGUGGAGGAAGAAGUAGCUCCUGGAACUGAAACUGCAGUGAAAGAUUUUGGAGCCAGCGCUAAAAAAGAACUUAGGGUACAUGAAGGAGCAGUGGAGGAAAAGGUAACUUCUGAGAGUCAACUGGCAACGGAUGCUGCGUUUGUCAGUGGCACUGAAAAAGAAAGCAAAGCACAGGAAGAAGUUGCUGAGAUAAAGCUGACUUCCCCACAUGAUAAUGUAGCAGAAGCAGAGAUUUUAGGGAAUGCAAAAAAGAAAAUCAAGGUAGAAAAAGAAUUAUCUCAGAGUGAAAAUGUGGUAGGAACAGGGUUUGAAGAGGCUAGUAAAAAAGAAAGCAAUGACCAAGGAGCGAGUACUGAGACAAGGGUUAUUUCCCAGGAAGAAAACACAGGGAAUGGCGGGUUUGGGGAUAAUCCUGAAAUAGAAAGCAAGUCAGAAGAAAAGAGCUGUAAAUCCCCUGACGAUGUGAAUGAGAUAAGGAGUUUGCUGAUGGUAACAGUUGAGAUAGCAGCAGAUACUCCAGCUGAGAACAUAAAGGAGAUUUGUGAAGGUGAGAGAUUAAAGUUGCAGGAGCACAAUAAAGGGAAUGACGAGUUGAGUAAAAUGGCUGUGACAGAAAUUCAAGUGAGCCAGACAAUGAUGAAUAAAGAUGCAGCAGAAUGCGCAGAGUUCAAGGAGGACCGACCAUCUUCAUCUAGUCUGGGGACAGAUGGUACGAAUUUAGAGAAUGUGUCCAAGGGGGCCUGUGGUAUAGCAAAAGCAGAGUGGCUGGUGGAAAGCUCAGAUACACCUCAGGAGGCAAACGCAGAGGUGGAUAUCAAGCAAAGCGUUUGGUAUACAGGUGUGGGAAGCUGCCAAAGUGAUAGACUGCAGCCAGAGGAACACACUGAAAAUGUGUCUGAAGGCAAAAUAUUAGAUGGGGAGGAAGGAGGAGCAGGGAAUAGCCAUGCCGUCCCAGUGGAGGUGUUUGCAAAUGGAUAG